GCUGCCCUCUGCAGAUCAGGAUGUUUGCAGGAACACUCUGACCACAGCUGAAUAUGAAAACAAGACCUGACACGACAAACUUCACAACGCAGACUAUAACUAGAUCUGACUGGGAACACCUUAAACCUGGAACAACCCACCCUGAGGAGGCAUAAGACUGAUUCAGAACAGGUUUUAUAACCAUCUCCAAAGCCGCCCUUUCAGAAUUGUUUUUUUUAAUUAUAUGCAAUCUGUGUCAGGGUGUGUCACUUUUUGGACUCUGUGUUGGUUUUGUUUUUUCCUCAGUUAUUUUGGGUGUUAGGUUCUGUUUCUCCCUCCUCAUUCAUAGCUCCUUUAGUUAAUGUUGUUUUUCUUAUGACUUAGUAUGGUUUUCUCUUUGUUGUUAUUAUUGCUAUUGUUAUUAUGAUUAUUAUUAUUAUUGUGCUCUGUUUUCCUUGGGUUCUUUAAUUUAGUUUCCCAUCUAGUAUCUCUGUUUUAUUUAUGGUUAGGUAUUUGUUCUCCCCCUUGAACUCUUCUGCUUAUUAUUUUCUUUUUCUGUUACUCCUCUUCAGUUAUUUUGUAUUCGGUCUUUGUUUCCUAGUCCUCCCAGUCUGGUUCUCUAGUUUAUCUUAUUUCUCCAGUCCCUCCUGAGAGGUGAAUUUAGUAGUGUUUACAUUUUGUUUAAUCAGGUAAUGUGAUCGGAGGAACCAGCAAAAGACAAUGAAACAAAACCAACUAAUAUACAGAGCAAGAACAAAGGCAGGUAAUCAAGGAACUAAGAACUGGUGUGACAAGGAGGCAGGAAGGCAGAGGGAGCAGGUGAAACUAAUACAUAGAUUAAAACAUGGCGAAGGGACUAAUAAACAAUACCGAAACAAAGCUAUAAACAAAUAACCAAAUGAAGCAUGAGAGUUAAGAAUAAUCAUGAACAGAGAAACUAGUGGGAACAUAAGAAACACCAUAACCUAAGAACGAACAAAGAACCCAUGAAGCAAACCAGAUUACAAAGUAAACAAACCUAAAACCACACUGACUGAGCUGACUGGAAAAAAGCAGAGAACAUGGGGACUAGAAUAAUUAUAUUAAGUUCAGUGUUUGCCACGUUCCUGCUGUACAACUCAAGUAAGUUUGGAUUGUGUCAAGCUUGUACUUGCUGAGUGAUUCGCUAUGUUCGCUUCGUCUUAACCUUUGAAUAAAGCUGAAGACUGUUUACAAAAAUGCUGCUGCCAAGCUCUUCUCUACGCUUCGGUCCACCCUUAAACCUCACCGUGACAAUCUGUUGAAAACUGUUCAUAAGCCUUUCACCUUUACACAUUUUGUCACAUUACAACCACAAAUUUUAGAGUAUUAAUUUGAAUUUUACAUGGUAUCAAAGUAUGGCGUGCAGUCCCCUUUACUCUGAUGCCUCGAAAUAAAAUCCACUGGAAUGACCUACCUUCAGAUGUACAGAUGUUCAGAGGAUACACACACUUUAUUAAUACACCUUUCACUAUAAGUAUUUUGUGGUACGUCUGUACCAACGUUGCUCAUCUGCAGACUGAAAUAUACCCAUAAUUCAUAUCACAACAGCUCUUUCUCAGCCAGGUGCCAAACACAGUGGGAUUUGUAUUAGUCAUGUACAACUUGGUGUCUAUCACUUUUAAAGUACAAGGUGUUCAUGUACACAAAUGCAGAUAUCUGAGGUUACAUAAGCACUAGUUUGUGAUCAUGCUUAGUUUGGAGCAAUCAGACAUUAUUCAUCAUUAUCUCAGCAAAUCUACAUCAUAGAAGAACAAUAUGAUUCUUCAGGGGUUUGAACACCAAACAGGAAAUUAUUUCUAAUCAUGAACGAUUCAUUGUUUGCUAAAAUGUGUAGUUUUAUACAUAGAUGUUGUGUUUUUCUUUUCUUUUCCGCGGACAUUAGUAAAUAGUUUCAGCAUGAAACCAUGUAAAAUAUAAUAAUGUCAUACCCUCUCACACAAUGUUAAAACAAUCCUGUGAUCAUAGAUAUUGUAUGGUCUAAACACCAUAACUUUCACUCACCAGCCGUUUUUAUUUGUUUGCAAACAGAAAUAGUUGCCAAUCACUAGGUGGCCCCAGCUACAGGUUACACAAAGCUCAGACAUGCAAGCAUCCGUGACAAUGAAUGUUCUGUUCCCAAAGGACACCCUGUAAACGGGAAAAGCUGAGACCAAACUGUCCAAACUGCAGAUGGCUGCAGAUCAAAAACUUUUCAAAGUGAAAUAACAAGAGACCGUCACAAUUCUCCAUUGCAAUCGUGUUAGGUGGAUGCCCAGAAAAUUAGAUGUGAAGGUUUAGGAACAUGCAGACCCUCUCUUCGGAGGUCUUUUUUCGGUGUUCGCACAAAGUGGACAAAGAAAGGAAAUCUGUGGUUUGAUCCAGUCAGUCUGGACGCCUUUGAGGGAGGAGAGAAAGGAGGAGACUGGAAGUCUGCGCCGUAUCUGACGUCAGGAUCUUUCUGCGAAGAUAAGCCGCGGGGCUCAACAUUGACUGCAGAGUCCAUCCUUCCCAGGGAGGUGCUGGAAGUCAAAGGGAUUCUGAAGCAAAGUCUGGCGCAGAUCCGACACUAUGAGGGCAGCACAUCAGCGCCGCGGUCUCCAGCCUCUCCACUGAACCGUCAAAAAGAGAAAAUGGGAAGUGCGAGUGAAGACCUGCUCGUCACACUCCAGAUCCUGCCCGGCUUCUUCUCCAACUGUCUCUUUCUGGCAGUUUACGACUCCGUGGUGCUGGUGAAGCGCGUCGUGACGCUGCUGAGCCGGUCGCGCUCCGCCGGCUGCGGAGAGUGGCGCCGAAUGCUGACCUCCGAGGGGCUGCGCUCCAUCUGGAAUAGCUUUCUGCUGGACGCACACAAACAGGUAAAACUUGGCUGUGAGGCACCAAACUCCAAGGUGGUGAAGGUUCCUGAUGAACCUUGGUGGAGCAGCACUGUUGUCCCAUGUGGCUCAAGGAUCCAGACUGGGGGUGAAUGUCACCUCCUGGAUUUCGAGUCAUCAGAUCGCCCCCUGGUGGUGAACUUUGGCUCGGCCACCUGACCCCCAUUCAUCAGCCACCUGCCUGCCUUCCGGCAGCUCGUGGAGGACUUCAGUGACGUGGCUGAUUUCCUGUUGGUCUACAUCGAUGAGGCCCAUCCUUCUGACGGCUGGGUGGCCCCUCCAAUGGGGCCCUGCUCUUUCAGUUUCAGGAAACACCAAAACCUUGAGGAGAGAAUGGGAGCUGCGCGCAAGCUCACUGAGCACUUUUCCCUACCGCCGCAGUGCCAGCUAGUGGCUGACUGCAUGGAUAACAAUGCCAACAUGGCUUACGGUGUAGCAAAUGAGCGGGUGUGCAUCGUGCACCAAAGAAAGAUUGCAUACCUGGGAGGGAAGGGACCGUUUUUCUAUAACCUGAAGGAUGUGAGGCAGUGGCUGGAGCAGAGCUACGGCAGACGAUAGGAGCCUAAUGGCAUUGUAUGAAGUACAACUAAAAGGUUUGUCAUGAAGAUGUCAGCCAUCUGGCUCUAAACAACUGUAUCCUGGAACUGCAGAGCAUUUCUUUGUUUCCAUGCACACUGAGUGUGUUUUGUCUGCCUUUGUACCUAUUUUUGCUGCUGAAAAUCCUGUUUUAAGAAGAAAAAUCCCAAUUUCCCAAUUUGAUAAUUUUGUGAUUAUUUUUAGAAGAAUUAUAUAUUUUUACAUCUUGGUCAGAUGUUUUUGCACUAUUCUGACAACGUAACUUUUUUCUACACCUUUUCCUUCCUGGUAUUUUAUGCAGGAUAUGCUGCAGCAUUGUUCUCCAUCUUUCAUGUUUUAAUAUAAAUUCAAAGUAGAUUUAAUGUGGCAGAAAUGUGACUACGUGACUGUUUCUCUUUGUUCCCAUUGUUAAUUUGAAUAGAGUUCUUUCUAACAAUGACUGCAUGCGGGGGUUAUUAUCUCGCUGGUAAACAAAAAUCUAACUUAGGGCUUCGAAAUCUGUCUUCAUGGCUUUUUUUUUCAGUUUGUCUGUAUUUUAUUUCCAAGCCCCUCUACUUUAAAACCACCUCAGGGAUUCAAGAUAAUGAUUGUCUGUUCUGGGUUUCUGUUCACGUGGGCUUUAGUCAAACACAAAGCUCAGUUUUAGUUUUAUCAGGUUAUUAAAGCUUCCCUCCAGCUGACGUAGAUUUAAAACAUGGCUUUCUACAUUUUUCCUGUUAGACUGUUGCCCUGAGAUCAUGUGAGUUUCCUAAGAGAAGCUUUGCCUUUUUUGUUAGUAUUUUAAGGCACUUCUACCUCUCUCGCUGCUUAAUUUUGGUGCUUUGAAGAGAUUUACAGUUGUUUUAAACUCCAUGUUUCCACAGGCUGAAUUAUGCAGAAACCUUAGGGUGCUUUGCUUUCUGAAAGACCUCAAAGCUGAUUAAGAAUUACAUUUGGACUUCACUAGGUUUAGAGGAUUACCUUUAAACAACUGGUUGUAAAUGGCAUUAUAGAUGGUUACAUUUUAGUGUAUGACAAAAGCUUUUAGUACAUUGACUUUGGUGUUACAGGUUUACAAAGGGCCAUUGUCUUGGAGUUUGGAAACAGAUCCAGUUGAAUUUUGGAUUAACAACAAUGUAUUCUCAUGUAUAGUUUGCAUCACUGCAUUAAGAUAGAUCCAGCUUAUCGCUCUGUAGCAUUUGAUCUGAGGUAAUCAGGUUACUGCUGCUCCACAAGCACUUGUUUCUUUUACCAAACUAAACAGUGGAUGAAGAAACUGUUACAAGGCAAAGAUCAGUCUAACAAUGUGUGGCCUUGGUGAGCUCUUCAGGGGAGCAUGAAGAAUGCAGUGGGCGAGGAUAGAGCAGGACAAGUCAUGGAGGGUUUUGAGCAUGCAUGAAAAGUCAGAACAAGGUUUUACGGUUUGUUUUCAUGGUGGCAAAUUAAUAGCAUGGAUUUUGUGCCAAAUAAAACUAAAAAAACUCAGCAUUUUAUCGAUGGACAACAAAUAUGUUUAAAGUUGUAAAAAAGCUCCUUUUUUAUUUGCAGGUAGCACUUUAAACUGUACCUGUGAUUUCAGUCCUAAACAUUAAUGUUGUCCCAGGUUUAGUUCCCGCAUUUCAUUCCCUGUCUUCAGGCAACAGUUGUCUCCAGGAAUCUUUUAGUUUAAUAAGGGAACCGGGACAUAAGGUGCUGGAAUAUUGCAUUUGUGCAGUCUUUUUGUUGAUAUGGCGAUUGGGACCAAUGUUGGGACCAAUGCUGCCCAAUGAAAUCCUCAUCAUUGAUUAAAUAAAACAACUAUUUACUAGAUGACAGGCGUGGCUUUGUGAAAAACCUCCUGAAUACAUGUCAUUUAAAAAAAAACUUUUUCAAACACCUUUAAAGUUGAUGUCAAAUUAAAUACACUGGUGUUCUUUUUAAAGAUACACCAGUAAAUCGGAAUUGUCCAAUUUUUCUUAACUUUAACUUUAACUGGUUAAUUACUCAAAGAAAAAAAUCUGAUUUGUUUUUCUCCUACUUAUUAAAGCUAACAAAAGCUAAGACCUCUUCAGUCUUUAAAAGCAUUGAAAACAGCAGGUACUUAAGCUUAGUAAAAAUCAGGUAAAGGUUCUUGUCAUAUGCUUUAUAGCAUACAUAGGGCAAAUCUUAUUAUUCCAUCAGUCUAUAUUGGUUCAAAACUACAAUCUCUAUCAAAGAUCAAUUUUUUCUUUUAUGUGUUAAAGUGCACUGAAAAAAAAAAAUCUGAAUCAGCAGGUGAGACCUAAAAAAACAAAACACAGCGUCAGCAAAAACAUUGAUCCAUCUUGAUUCCUAUCUGAAGAUCACCAUUUCUCCAGACGUUCUCCUCAAUAGGCAGAUGAAUGAACUCUACACCACUUCAGUAUUUAUGGAACUAGUAGCGUGACAAACUGUGUACAUUCAACCUAUUUACGUCAACAGGCAUGGUUGCUGUGCUGCUACAGAAGAAACAGUGUUGCAGUACACUGACCUCAGAUUAGUUAUCUGUUUUAUAUUCCUAAUCAAAAGGCACCUGGUUUCUUGUGAAGAAACGAGGACAAAGAAUCUGUUGAAGAAAAAAAGUCCAGAAGUCUAUAUGCAUUCUGUUUCAGCACAAAGUCAUGUUAUAAGAGUUUGAAAGCCACAUUAAAUCUAUUUUUUGUUUCAGAGAAAGAUUUACCAAGCUAUGUAAACUACUGUACUUGAUCAUAAGCCUGAUUGAGCUGCUGUUUUUGGAGAUGAUAAUGAAACCAGCUCACUUUAAAGAUGACCACAGUUUAACAGGACCAAAUGUGAAGACAUUUGUAAACUACAUUUGUUUAGGUGUGUGAGAUGGGACAAUUAGCUCAGCAUUAAAAAAAUGACAUCAGACUCUAUGUUGAUGAACUCCUGUGGUUAUCCAUAGGGCUUCACUGUUUAAGUGAUUUAAAUGUUUGUUUAUGCUUUAGGAUCAGACAUGCUGCCAAAUGACCACACAAGCAAAUCUUUUGCACUAACUUCACUGCCAUCAGUCACCUAUGCAUCAAUUCAUAUUCACACUUCUGAAACUUUUUCUAUUUUCUUAGAAAAAAAAUACAACAACUCUGAAACUACGUGGACACUUACUCAAUAAAACAAGCAAAGCUUUGUAUUUCUGCCUGUUAGAUUACAGUUAGAGACAUAUAUUGAUUCAACUCAUAAAUGUUGCCUUCAUAGAUCGGUUUGUUGUUUUGCAUUGAAGGUUUGGGUUCCACAGGUUUAAUCUAGGAUACAAUAAAAAACCAGCAAGCUUCCAUGUCAGAAUUCAUUUUCUUCAGUUCCUAAUGUAGAAGUCAUACCUGUACAUAAAGACAUAUUUCAUUUAUUCUCUACAUGUUAAGGUGGUUGGAUGGAUGUUAGAAAAAGUGAAGGAAUAUGAAAUAAAACAAGACAGACUUAUUCUCUGGACAGAUGGUUUGCUCUGCCCUAAGUGAUUAUGGUGUGCAAAUGAAAACCUUGGACGAAAGAGUCGCUGGCUCAGUCUCUGGUUGGAUAGUACACAACACCUUGUCAUCAUGACGCAGGUCCAUUGCAUCUGUUUUCAUUUUUAGUCUCGAAGUUCUGUCUCGUGUUACAGUCUCAUGCAGACAGCUCUGGUUUCCAUCUCUGUUUAGUGUAACACUUAUUUUUAUAUGUAGAAUGGGGACAACGCCACUGGUGUAAAAUAAAGGUGAAUUUUGAUUGUAAAACUUU